GAUGGGUUCAUUUAAAAAUACAGUAUUGAUACUUAUUUUACUCGUAACAUACGGACAGGGAUACACUAUAAGAAGUAUAACAGCAUAUUAGAAUUGUGAUGUUAAAUGGGGUAGAGAAUAGUUAAACAAUAAUUCCUCUAAAUCAAUCUGUUAAUAUGGUAGUUUAUUAAGUUGUGUUGCUAUGAUAUUAUAAACAAGUAGUAAGCCAAUAAAUAGCAGACCUGUUAACCCAGCAGUAUUAAAUAAAUACUUGAUGAAUAAUAAUGGGUUUAAAUAAGGAGAUGAAGUUAAUUUUUCUGCUUUGGAGUAAGUAGGUUUACAUUUUGUGAAAACUGUUUCAGAUUUAAAGACAGCUUAAGGUAUUAUUGAAGUUAAUUAUAGAAUAUUUUAAUUCUAAUCACUACAUUGUAUUGAAUAUAAAUUAUGGAAAAAAUUAUGGUGUUUUAAUUGGAUUUGAUGAUUCAGAUAAAUCAAAUGUUAUUUAUUACAUUAACAAUCCAAUUAUUCCUUCAGAAACUAAAGUUGCAGCAAAAGAUAUUAGUGUGGCCAUAAUAUUUAAAGCCCUUUGAA